AAUGUCAAGAAAGAACUAUCCAACCCAAGAGUAAACCCGGCCCAGGAACGACUUAACGGCGGUGUUCGGUAAAUCGCGUAGCCCUGCCAAGGCGGUUGUGAGAGGGGAGAAAGAUCGAGCGGCGGGGUCAGUUUCUGAAAAUCGCCAGAAAGUGAAGCAGAAUCUUACGAAUAGUCGCGUUCAAUUGCAAACAGAGUAAUUUAUCAGUGAUUGUGAAGAACCCUAGCAGCAACUAUGGGGAAGAAGCAACACAGUAAAGACAGGAUGUUCAUCACCAAAACGGAGUGGGCAACGGAAUGGGGAGGCGCUAAAUCCAAAAACAGUCGCACUCCCUUCAAACGUCUUCCCUUCUAUUGCUGCGCGCUUACGUUUACGCCCUUUGAAGAACCUGUCUGCACUGCUGAUGGCAGUGUUUUCGAUAUCAUGAAUAUUACUCCCUAUAUUAUAAAAUACGGUAAACAUCCAGUCACUGGAACUCCUCUCAAGCUGCCGGAUCUCAUUCCACUAACUUUCCACAAGAAUUCAGAAGGAGAAUAUCACUGUCCAGUGCUAAACAAAGUUUUCACUGAAUUUACACAUAUUGUGGCAGUGAAGACUACAGGAAAUGUGUUCUGCUAUGAGGCUGUUAAAGAGUUAAACAUUAAGACAAAAAACUGGAAGGAGCUCCUCACUGAUGAGCCAUUCACAAGGGAUGACCUUAUAACCAUUCAGAAUCCUAAUGCACUUGACGACAGGGUUCUUCUGGAUUUUGAUCAUGUUAAAAAUGAUUUGAAAGUUGAUGAUGAGGAACUACAGAAAAUGAGUUCAGAUCCUACCUACAACAUAAACAUGUCGGGUGAUAUCAAGCAAAUGCUUCAGGAGCUUGGAACUGAUAAAGGAAAGGAAACUGCAAUGCAUGGGGGUGGUGGUGGCAAGGCACAAAAAGAAAGGGCUGCUGCACUUGCUGCCAUCAUAGCUGCAAGGUCCCGUGUGGAUGAAGAUUCCAAAUCAAAUCCAAAUAAAGAGGCCAAAGCUCCUCAGGCAUUCAGUAUAGUAGAUGCUGCAUCUGCUGCAGUACAUGGAAGAAGUGCAGCUGCUGCUAAAGCCUCAUCAGGUGAUAAAACUGCUGCUAGGAUAGCUAUGCAUAUGUCUGGUGACAGGGCGCCAGUGAAUGCAAAGAUGGUAAAAAGCCGUUUCACAACUGGUGCUGCUUCCCGUUCUUUUACUUCAACAUCAUUUGAUCCAGUUACAAAAAAUGAAUUUGAAUAUGUGAAAGUUGAGAAGAAUCCGAAAAAGAAGGGUUAUGUACAGCUGCAUACGACACAUGGUGAUUUGAACAUUGAGCUACAUUGUGAUAUAACGCCUAGGACGUGUGAAAACUUCAUCACUCUUUGUGAGCGGGGAUUUUAUAAUGGAGUUGUUUUUCAUAGAAGCAUUAGGAAUUUUAUGAUACAGGGUGGUGAUCCUACUGGUACUGGUCGAGGAGGUGAAUCCAUAUGGGGAAAGCCUUUUAAAGAUGAACUUAACUCCAAACUAGUUCACUCCGGAAGAGGUGUGGUAAGCAUGGCAAAUAGUGGCCCACACACCAAUGGUUCCCAAUUCUUCAUCUUGUACAAGUCUGCAAAUCAUCUAAACUUCAAACACACAGUUUUUGGAGUAGUUGUAGGUGGCUUGACCACACUUGCUGCCAUGGAAAAAGUUCCAGUUGAUGAUAAUGACCGACCUCUGGAGGAAAUCAAGAUAACGAGUGUCACGAUUUUUGUCAAUCCUUACACGGAACCAGAUGAAGGAGAAGAACAGGAUAAUGCCACAGAGAAGAAUGUAGAGGAUGAGGAUAAUGGUAAGGUAGGCUCAUGGUUUAGCAAUCCUGGUGCUGGAACAUCUGAAUCUGGAAGUACGGGGGUCGGUGGUGGUGUCGGCAAGUACUUGAAAGCUAGGAAUGCUCAAGCUACAUCUGCUAAUCUUGAUACCAGUACAGCCGUUGUAGGAAAGAAAAGAAAAGUGGGAGUUGCCAGCAGUGACUUCAAAGAUUUUUCUGCAUGGUAACAAUCCCAAUUUCGUACAAUUUGUAAAAAUAUGUAAACUUCUCCUGUAACUUAUUAUAUUUGCAAUGGGGGAAAAUUGACGGGAUAGCGAGAGAAGAAAUUUUGCUCGCCAUUCAGGUUUUGUACAAUAUAUGUAGCGUUUUCAUUGGAUGCAACCAGAGUAGAAUCAUUGCGCGGGUUGUCUCUGGUUCCGUCGCUGCAUUGUCAGAAUUUCAUAAUUUGGUUAUGGAUUUGAUAGAUUGGUUCUCACAAGAUUAUUAGGGCCUUAAUAUACAUUGUUUAGCUCUAUUAUACAUCUCCA